AUGCGCCGGGGGUGUCGGCCACCUCCAUUCGCAGCUUCAGCUAGCCGGACACUUGGGCCGAAUACGCCCUCGCGCAGGUUGGCGCCCAACGUGGGGCCUGAGAGUGGACCUCUGGACAUCGGACCACUGACCGGACCCCGCGGAGUGGAACUUACAGUUUCUUUUGGCCGUCAACCUACCUCGGGUGGUAGCAGACCCCGUUUUAGGGGUAGCGCUCCCCGAGGAUUGGAGUCCCAACCCUCCGCACCGCCUGAGGAGGACUCCAGGAACGAAAGCCCCCUCGCCCGAUUUUUGGUUGCCGCUGCGACGAGAUUGUUCCCCAACGUCUCCCCAGAAGUUGUAAAGCAGCCACGUUUUUGGACAGCCGUUGUGGCCAAAUUAAAUGAGGUAGUGAAGUCUGGGGAGACGAAUCUGGCUAACGUGGCGUACUGGGCGGGUGUUGUGCUUGCCACUCUCCGCCCAUCCCCAGUUGUUAGACCUAAAGUUCGGUUCAUUGAAGAGUUGGAAGAUGGCUCCCAGGGUGCCCAAAAUGGCGCCGGCCACAUGGCCGUUCCCGCCAGGGCCCCUUCUCUUCCCCAGAAUCCCUUUCUCCCGAAUCCCAACCCCUUUCUCCCUCCUGACCCAACCCCUUCAUCGGUUACCCCUCCCUCGUACCCCUCCUUGGUCCCGCCUACCGCUCCUCCUUCAAUCCUGCCCGUAGCUCCACCCUCGGUCCAGCCUCCCAUUGACCCCGCCUCUGCUCCUCCCUCGUACUCAGCUCCUCCCUCGACUCCGCCCGUUUCUCCGCCUCCUGUACCGCCUCCGGUACAGCCCUCCACUGACCCAGCCCAUGUUCCUCCCCCUCAGUCGGCACUCCCUCCGGCUCCUCCCCCAGUUCAGCCCCCCGUGGAUCCCUCUCCUGUUACUUCGGCUCCUCCUUCGGCUCCUCCCCCGGUUCAGCCCCCCGUGGAUCCCUCUCCUGUUACUCCUUCCUAUUCGGCUCCGCCCCCAAGCUCCACCCAGGGGGCGGAGAGGGGUGGUGUGUCGUGCCCACCCCCUCGCCCUGCCUCGCUACCAGGCCCCGCCUCGACCUCUUCCACUUCCGGUUCCCACGCCUCCCCUUCCGGUUCCCACGCUUUGUGUUCCGGGGGGGGGGGAGUGGAUGACCGGAGGCCGGGGCCGGUGCCCUUGUUGGAAGCCGCCCCGGUUUCUUACACCCUGACUGGAGAGGGGAGUUCUCUGGCGCAGUGGGUGCCUUUAGCACCGGCCCGGAUCAAGGAACUGUGCAAGGCGCAGAAGGACUACUCCCGGGAGUCUGAAUACUUCCGGGGGUUGCUCCGUAAUGCCCUUGCGCAGGGAGAUCUGGUGCCCGCUGACCUGAGGGCUCUUUUCUCCAGUCUAACCGGCCCUAUGGAGUUUUGCAUUUGGGUGAAGGAGUGGAAGAGGGAGAUUGUGGAGGCUCUCCCAGAUCUUUGGGGGAGUCCUGCCACUUCUCACGAUGCGGACGGCCUGUUGGUGCAGGAGGAACAGCUGUUGGGCGAGGGACAGUGGGCAAAUGGGGCAGCCCAGGCUCGGGCUCUCUUUUCUCAACACCUGACGGUAUCGGCUCAGGCUGCGGAGAGAGCCUUUUUCAAACUGGCAACCGUCACCUCCCAAUGGGAGGAGGACGAGGUGCGGCAGGGCGCGCAAGAGCCCUACUUAGCCUUCAUCGAACGCCUCUACCGUUUCGUAGAGGCACAGGUGUCUGGGGACCGGGAGAGAGAGUCCAUGUUAAGAAAGAUGGCAUAUUAUAAUGCCAAUGCCGAAUGCCGGAAGGCUAUUCGGACUCUCCCCCGAACUCCCCGGCCCACGGUGGAGGCAAUGAUGGAGGCGGUAGUGGCUCAUGUUCCACUCCCUGUGCGCCCGCGCCGUAACUCCGUAGCCUUUGCCGACGUCCCCGAGCCCGAGCCAUUCGAUCUUGAGGCUGCCCCCGCUGCUGGGCCACCGACACCAGGGCCCAGCAGAAGAACAUCAGACACCCACCCCUGCCACUUAUGUGGUGAGAUUGGGCACUGGAUGCCCCAGUGUCCAAUGAGACUGGACUAUUUAAACUAUAGGAAGCAGAGGGAGAGGGAGAAAAAGUGGACUGUCAUCGGUGACACUAAGCACACGCCGCGAGACGUGCAUAUCAUCCCCGGUCUGGUCACUACCGACCGGGACCGUUUCGCGGUAGGGCUGUACUGUGUCCGACCCCCACUUCUCCUUCCCAAGGGACAGGUUAUCGCCCAGGCCAUUCCCGUGCCCGAUCAAGACCACUGGAGCAGCGGAGCGGAGAAGACCUCGCCUCCGUCGGUGGCCUGGGCGCAGCUCGUGGGGAGGGAGAAGCCCCGCCUGACAUGCCAGCUUUCGUUGGGCGGGGAUCGAAAGGUCAUCAGGGGUCUUUUGGACACGGGUGCAGAUGUGACGAUCAUUCCCUCUCGGGAGUGGCCGUCGCAUUGGGACUUGCAAAGCGCAGCGGGCACGAUUUCUGGUGUCGGGGGUUUACAAUUGGCCAAACAAUCGAAGAGCGUUGUCCAAAUUAAGGGGCCCGACGGGCAAUUGGCUUCAGUGCGCCCGUUCGUUUUAGAUUACAGCGAGCCUCUCUGGGGGAGAGAUCUGCUAGCCCAGUGGGGAGCCAGAAUUGACCUGCCAAAGGCUCCCCAGGUUUUUCGGGCAGUGGCCACUGAUGAGCGCCGGACUUGGAAGCUGGAUUGGCUUUCUGAUAGACCAGUACAAGUCCAACAGUGGCCACUUAACAAACAGAAAUUGAAGGCGCUCAACGAGCUCGUGCAGGAGCAGCUACUUAAGGGCAACAUCGAGGAGUCCAUGUCUCCAUGGAACUCCCCUGUUUUUGUCAUCAAGAAGCCCAAUAAAGAUAAGUGGCGGCUCCUGACCGACCUCCGCCAAAUUAACGAUUUAAUUGUCGACAUGGGAUCUCUCCAACCAGGGAUGCCCUCCCCAGCAAUGCUCCCCCAAAAUUGGAAUUUGGCAGUAAUUGACAUAAAAGACUGUUUCUUCCAAAUUCCCCUUCACCCGGACGAUGCUCCGCGCUUUGCUUUCACGGUUCCGUCUAUCAACCGUGAGUCCCCGGCCAAGCGCUAUCAUUGGCGGGUAUUACCGCAGGGCAUGAAGAACAGCCCUGUGAUCUGUCAAUGGUAUGUCGCUUCGCUGCUGUCACCUUUACGUACAGCCCUCGGGGAUGCCGUCAUCAUUUAUCACUAUAUGGACGACAUCCUCGUGUGUGCGGCCGACCACAGUCUACUUGCCCAUGCGCUUGACCUGACAACCAAUGCGUUGGUUGCUGCAGGGUUUGAGCUCCAGCAGGAUAAGAUUCAGCGGAUGCCACCUUGGAAGUACCUGGGCCUCCAAAUCACAAAGCGGACCAUUGUUCCGCAAAAAUUGGCUAUUCGGACAAAAGUCCAGACCCUAGCAGAUGUCCAUCAACUGUGUGGGUCUUUGAAUUGGGUGAGACCCUGGCUGGGCAUUCCUACCGAAGACCUAGCCCCCCUUUUCAAUUUGUUGAAAGGGGGAGAGGGGCUUAGUUCCCCUAGGACUCUCACCCCAGAGGCAGAGGUGGCUCUGGAGAAGGUGCAAAAAAUUAUUUCGGCCAGGCAGGCCCAUCGAUACCAUCCGGGCCUGCCAUUCAAAUUUAUUAUACUGGGAAAACUGCCACACCUCCAUGGCAUGAUCCAUCAGUGGGACCAAGACCUGAAGGACCAGGGUCUGGGUGACCCCCUCUUGAUCAUAGAGUGGGUGUUCCUCAGCCACCAUAGGUCCAAAAGGAUGACACGGCCACAAGAGCUGGUAGCCGAACUGAUCCUCAAGGCAAGAUCGAGGAUCAGGGAGCUGGCAGGAUGUGACUUUGCAUGCAUUCACAUUCCAAUUAAAUUGGAAGCGGGCCAGUUAAAAUUAAAGACCUUUGAAGAACUGUUGCAGACCAAUGAAUAUCUACAGUUUGCGUUAGACAGCUACACUGGGCGAGUCGCAGUUGAUCGGCCGGCCCACAAAUUAUUUAAUUCGGAAUUCAAAUUAUCUCUAACUAAGGUCCAAAGUAGGGAACCACUGGAUGCCGUGACUGUAUUUACUGACGCGUCUGGAGCAUCCCACAAGUCGGUUAUGACUUGGAGGGAUCCUCAGACUCAGCAGUGGGAGACCGAUGUUGUUACUGUGGAGGGUUCUCCACAGGUUGCUGAGUUAGAUGCUGUCGUCAGGGCCUUCCAGAGAUUUCCUGGACCUUUCAAUCUGGUGACAGAUUCUGCGUACGUCGCCGGUGUAGUGUCUCGAGCGGAGCAGGCAGUUCUUCAAGAGGUCACCAACAAAAGGUUGUUCGAAUUAUUAAACAGGCUCGUCGAGUUGGUCUCCCACCGCGAGCACCCAUUUUAUGUGAUGCAUGUGAGGUCACACACUGACCUGCCCGGGUUCAUCGCGGAGGGCAACCGCCGUGCCGACUCUUUGGCCGCGGCUGCCGUUACGCAGGGCCCGCUCCCAGAUGUGUUCGGCCAGGCUAAGAUCAGCCACCAGCUCUUUCACCAAAAUGCGCCCGGCCUGGUUCGGCAGUUCAAUCUGACACAGGACCAGGCCAAGGCGAUUGUGGCCACAUGUCCCCAAUGCCAGCAACAUCAGAUGCCCACCGUGGUCUCGGGAGCUAAUCCCCGAGGCCUGGCGAGCUGCGAGGUGUGGCAGACGGACGUAACACAUGUUCCAUCUUUUGGCCGGCUGUGUUACGUCCACGUCUCGGUAGACACCUUCUCCGGUGCCAUCUACGCUUCUGCCCACACAGGGGAAAAGGCAGCGGAUGUUCAGAAGCAUCUGCUUCAGGCAUUCGCUGUCUUGGGCGUCCCUAGGGCCCUAAAAACUGAUAAUGGCCCUGCGUAUGUUUCCAAGGAGCUGCGGAGCUUCCUGCAGCAAUGGGGAAUAGUCCAUAAGACCGGCAUCCCCUAUUCCCCGACAGGCCAAGCCAUGGUGGAGAGGGCCCACCAGAGCCUUAAGAAGACCCUGUCCCGCCAACAACCGGCGAUGAAGGUGGAGACCCCCCACGUCCGGCUGUCGAGAGCUUUGUAUACCCUCAACUUCCUAAAUUGCUCUUUCGACAGCCAAAAUCCUCCAGUGGUCCGGCACUUCGGCAGCCACCAGCAGCUGCAGCCUAAAGUCAGGCCUCCGGUUCUGGUUAAGGAUCCGGAGACCUGGCGGACGGAGGGCCCCUUCGACUUGGUGACCUGGGGGAGGGGAUACGCUUGCGUGUCUACCCCCUCAGGUCCCAAGUGGGUUCCAUCUAAGUGGGUAAGGCCCUUCGUCCCGAAGCAGGGGACAAAAGCAGGGACUGUGCCACAAGUCCGGCAGGCGUGUUGGCGGCGGCGGAGGAGGCAAGACCAUCCACUACCAUCUGCUCCUCCAGACCUUCCCUCCGUGGAGGAAGAGCCUUCCCCUCCAGCCUCUCCUCCACCAAUGGACCUCCUCCUUCAUGUUUCCUCUUGUUCUCCCCCACUCCCGGAUAUGUCACCCUGCAUGUUUUAUUUAAGUUGGCUUUUCGGGGAGGAACCAUUCCUAUGAGUUCGAUGUACUUUUACUGUUUUGUAUCAUUUCAGUUACAUCUCCCCAAUGGCCCCCGCUGCAACACCGCUGGCCCCAAACCCCGGA